UCCAUCGUGUUGUGCGGUUUCAUAUUUUCUGCGUUAACAGUUUCAGGCGUCCAGUUGGACAUAACUGCGUCAUCUACUAACGGUGUAUGGAGCGCGUGGAGCGCGUGGGACACGUGCAGUGUCACGUGCGGGUUAGGGCUGAGGAGACGUGACCGGGUUUGUAACAAUCCAAAGCCUUUAUUUCACGGCAUCCACUGCCUAGGGUACAACACCAAUUAUGAGAUAUGCACUAACAAAAGCUGUUCGGAAUGGUCUGCAUGGGGCGCAUGGGGCGCAUGUUCCAACACGUGUGGGUACGGACAAAAGGUGCGAACUCGUUACUGCAGAGGCCCGCCUGACCCUCUCUCUUGCCUCGGAAACGAUGUUGAUAAAGAUAUGUGCGAUACCUCAUGUAAUGCACACCGAAAUGAAGAAACGUCGGCUUUUACAGCCAACUACGUGGAGGGAUCAGGGAAGCCUCUGAUAUUUUCGAGAGUAGAACUAAACGUUGGCAACGACUACAAUACCAGCACUGGCGUAUUUACAUGCAGAGUUCCAGGAAUUUACUACUUUAUGGUUAGCUUGGAAAAGCAGAGGGAUGCAACACAUGAUUAUGUUGUUGCAAUCAUGCUUAUAAAGGGGACCAAUACACUGUACUCACAUGUCUGGGUAAAUGAUGCUGGUUACCACAUGCUUGGAGUAUCAGGUACUUUCCACAUGAAGCGAGGUGAUACCGCGAGUAUCAGCAGUAGCCCGGCAUCAUAUUUUAGAUAUGAUGGUGGUGCUUUCACAGGUUUUUUAAUCAGACCUGAUUACGUUUAGGCUCUUCUAAGGAUGCUACUGUUCCCUUGUGUUUGAACAGAGUGACGCUAUGAACAUAAUCAAGUCAACGUAUAUUUCUGGAGUGUAUCCAAAUACGCUACGGUUGCUUUUAUUGGUUAAAUAAGCUGUGUUAAAUAAGAAAGACAAAACGUAAUAGCGGAAAUGAUUUUCUGUAAUAUUUGGUGUGCUUUAUUACACGUAUUUUCUUACAUGCACAGAAUGGAUAGUACUAAAAAGACCCUAGAUUUUACAGGACUCUGACAGAUAGUUACAUACAAAGGAUCGUACAAAAUACUGGGAGACCGUUACAUCCUUAAUUGUACAGUUACCGAAAUAAUGUAAAAAGAACAGAAGUUAUAUUUUGCAUUGAGCCGUAAAAUAGACGAUCCUGUCCGUGCCACCAGCUUCCAGAACUUUUCUUGUAAAUGAUUUAAAGUAUGAUUUAACGUUUAACGUUUGAUCAUAUUCUAUUUAUGGCAAUAGUGAUAGUGGUUUGUUUGUGUGACUGUCAGGUUCAUACCUUUAUCCACCAUUAUGGGACUUAGACGUAAAUGUACUGACUUAAACCUUAUAUCAAGACAACAGUGUGCAUGCAUUUACCAUGGCGUUCGCUCCAAGUCAAUGUCACAAUGUCGGAAAAGGCUAUAUGCCUAACCAGAGGAUGUAAAGGUACAUACCUGCUGCGAUAAAUAUUCACUAUAUCUCUGUUAAACAACACUCGUGUAUGUGUCAAAUUACAUUAAGCGGGGACAUCUCAACAAGUUAUUAAUCUUUUAUUUUUAUUUUUCAAGACAUUCUAUUUCAAGAUUGAAGACAAGUACACAAACAAAAUGAAUUACAAUGUAUAACAAUAAUGUUUUGCAAUCGAACACAAGAAAACGUCAACAGAAAACAUUAAAUGCAUCCAACACAUGUCUUAAUUUAUAUAUAAUAUAAUAGAAGUCAACGACAGACAAAGCAUACAAGUUAGUGAAGUAUCAUGUAAACUUUACAAUUACAUGCAGUUGAGUGUUGAAAAAUACAUACAUGAAAUACAAAAAGAAAGAGAGAAAAACACAUCUUCUAGAGUGUAUGUACAUCACAGCUAUUAGUUACAAGUUAUUUAUCUUUACAAACAUAUUAGCAGGGACGUACGCGGAAUUUUGUAUUCUGAGUAAUUGUGUUUUCGAAUAUUAUUAUUUAAAUUGAAAUGUUUGAGUCUUCAUGUCCUUCUAGUUGUCACUAAUUCACAGGUUCUUGCAAAAUGUACAAGUGUAAAUAAGGCCAAUUUAUAAAUGAGUAUCUCUAAGUUAAACUGUAAACCUAUAUAAUGUGUAAUAUAGCACACACAACUAUGCAACUAUUUUAAGUUUUGUUUUUGAAAACAUGCAACAAUUGGAUUACUUAUAUACAGUAAACCUUUAUUCCAAUUUUAAUUUGUUAUCGCCGAGUGGUAACGAUAAUGCUAUUUGCCAAUUGUUCGAAUCAAGGUGUUUGCGAUAGCGUCUGUACUAAUAAAAAAUAUGCAUUAAAGGA